ACGGGUUUGAGAAAAAGUCUGCAGGGACAGUAGAGAUAAACUCUUCAAAUAUAUCCGGGGACUCAUUCUUCAUUCUCAACUAAUUACAAAACUAUCAAAAUUCCAAUAAGCAUUAACAUUGGUCUUAAAUUAUUUGGGUUGGCUUCCAUGGGUGUCCGAGUAUAUCUUCAUCUUUCCUGGAUAAUAGUGAUAGUUGCAGUAAGAGUAGUUGUUGGAGAAAAUGUAUCAGCUGCAGGUGUUCAAGAGUGCCGGAUGACGAGAUGCUCCCAUCAUGGCCCUGAAAUUCGGUUCCCGUUCUGGAUCAAAGAGAAGCAGCAGCCUGAGCAGUGUGGCUAUCCUGGUUUCCGAGUUUUCUGUGACAGAGGAAAUACUUUGCUGCACUUGCAAUACCUGGCAAACACUUCCCUCCCCGAUACCCUCUUUUAUCUUUCUAAAAAUGUAUCCAUCCAUAGUAUCAACUACACAUCACAAGAAGUAUUUGUUUAUGUACUUAAUGGUUCCCAGUUUACCAAUAAUCUUAAACUCUUUUCCGCGUCGUCCACAUCAUUGCCGUCUACACCUCACUUUGGAAAAGCAUAUUCAUAUGAUUUCGCUAAUAUGUAUUAUCCUGAUAUAACAUAUACUAUGUGUUUCAGUUGUUCCGCAGGAGUUAAAAGUUUCAUCCCUGAUAUGCUCACGUCCCCUGGCAGGAAAACUUUCCCGGUCUAUUGUCUGGACGACCAGUACUCUGCAUUUUCCGGUGAAUAUUCAAUAUCCUCAUGUACCAAGAUUUUCAAUUCUUCUCUCCCAGCUCCUUUACUUUCGCAAGGAUAUGAUCCUUAUGCUCCGCCAGGAGUUGUGGAUGCUCUCUCUAUCAGUUGGCUAGCUCCAAACUGUAGUAAAUGUGAAGCCAAAGGGGAGUACUGUAGGAGGAAGAGUAAUGCUAGUAGUAACAUUGAAGCAGCCGAUUACAGUACCAUAUGUUUCCCUAAAGGUUCUGCUGUUCGGUUUUCGAUUAAACCUAUUACAGUUAUAACCGCUGGUUCCGCUAUUUUUGUACUUUCCAUCAUGUUAUUAUUGUAUUAUAUCAUCAAAUUAUACAAGCAAAGGAAAUAUGAUGAACAAAAGAUUGAAAUGUUUCUGACGGAUUAUAGAGCCAUGAAACCCACCAGAUACUCUUAUGCCGAUAUUAAGAAAAUAACUCGUAAUUUCAGCGAUAACUUAGGAAAGGGGGGUUAUGGAUCGGUGUACAAAGGGCAAAUUACCAAGGAAAUCAUUGUUGCAGUGAAGGUACUUAAUAGUGAUCCGAAAGCCAAUGGAGAAGACUUUAUCAAUGAAGUGGGCACUAUAGGACGAAUCUAUCAUGUCAAUGUGGUUCGCUUGGUGGGAUAUAGCGCUGAUGGUUGUAAUCGAGCUCUUAUUUACGAGUUUCAACCUAAUAACUCUCUUGAAAAGUUCACAUACUCUGGAAAAAUGCUACAUGAUUUCCUUGGUUGGAAGAAGAUGCAAGAUAUCGCUUUAGGCAUAGCUAAAGGAAUUGAAUAUUUACACCAAGGAUGUGCUCAACAGAUUCUUCAUUUUGAUAUUAAACCUCAUAAUAUUUUGUUAGAUCAAAACUUCAAUCCCAAAAUUUCUGAUUUUGGUUUAGCUAAGUUAUGUUCAAAGGACAAGAGCAUUGUGUCUAUGACUAUGGCUAGGGGGACCAUCGGAUAUAUUGCACCAGAAGUAUUUUCAAGAAAUUUUGGAAAAGUAUCAUCCAAGUCAGAUGUUUAUAGUUUUGGUAUGUUAUUGCUUGAAAUGGUGGGAGCAAGGAACAAUAAUGAAGUGGAAAGCACCAGCGAAACAUACUUUCCUGAAUGGAUCUUUCAUCGCUUAGAGGAAGGUGGAGAAGUAACAAUCCAAAUAGUGAAGGAAGAGGAUUCAAAUAUCGCUAGGAGACUGACUAUUGUGGGGUUAUGGUGCAUAGGGUGGCAUCCGGUGGACAGACCUUCAAUGAAACAUGUUAUCAAUAUGCUAGAAAGUGAAGAAUGCCCGAAAGUGCCACCUAAUCCUUUCAGAUCAUCAAAUGUCCGAUCAUUUACAAAUGAUCUGGAAGUCAUUUCUGAGUCUGAGUGACAAAAAUAUUUGCAUGUAUAAUGAAUAUCAUUUGAAUUACAUUAUUGUAUUGCUUAUAAACAACAUAUCAUAAGAUAUGUCAUCAAGUCCUUUUGAUCUUUAUCAAUUACAUUUCUUUAUGUUAUA